CCACCUGAGUACUGUACUCAAAUACAAAUUCAAAGUACUUGGACUGUACUCAAGUAUGGCCAUUUUAUGCUGUUUCUUACUUCAAAAGAGACCCAUAAGAAUUGUGAACAAAACCUCAAACAGAGAACCAACAAACUCACUAUUUAUUAAAGUAAAGACUCUGAAAUUUGAGCAUUUGGUCAGCUAUAAAACAGCUCUCAUUAUGUGCAGAGCAAAAAAACAAUUAUCUGAAAGUAUCCAAAGGUCAUUUCAGAAGAAAAGUCAACAUGAUUUGAGAGGUGUUUUUAUGUUCAAAAAACCAUUGGUGAGGACCAAUGCCAAACUACACUGCACCUCAGUUAAAGAAGUGAGUUUAUGGAAAAGUUGUAAUGAGGAACUGAAAACAUGUUUAUGUUUAUUUUAUUUCGAAGGGGACAGUGCACAUUAAUGAACACGAUCACUUAAGCCAUGUAAAUGUGCCAGAUUUAGCCAUACAGGCUAAUUUUCAUCUGCAGUCCCUGGCAGGUUGAUGGUGUAAGUGCAUGUAAGAAAAAGACAAAAUAACAUGCAAAAGCACAGAAACACAUAAGCACAGUUAAAAGCAGAUUGAUGGCAUCUCCAUAGAAGGGCACAUAAGCACAGAGCAAACACAUAACCAUAGACAAAAGCACAUAACAAGGCACAUAGGAAAGAACAAGACAUAGGCACUAUUAAUAAAACAAUGCCAUAACCAUAUAACCUAAAACAUUAAGAAUGUACUACACAAAAGUACAGCAUAAAACACAGCAUAGACCAAAGCAUGUAGCCACAAACAAACACACAAGAGCACAAAACAAAGCAAAUAAACAAGGACAACAGCACACAAGCACAAAUAGCAAGACAGUGACAUUUAGGAAAACAUACUAUACAAAAGCACAUAGCCCUAACAUACAGUAAUGAAAUGAGGACUUAACCAUUAAUUCAGAUCAUGACAACAUGUUUGAUUGUCCAGUAGCCACCAUUUUGAUUUGGAGAAUGUGGGUUCAGUGUUCCAGGUGUGCGCUGUUCGAUUGGAAAAGGCUGACUGACCAAAGCUGCUCUUUCUGUGCGGUAUUUUACAAUUCCCCCCUGAAGAUAGAUCUGGCAGAUGAGUUCUGAUUUUGUUUAAUGAAUUCAUUGAGUGGAGGGUCUGCCAGGCCAUAAAGAAUUUCAUAUACAAGAAAAAUAUCGGCAAAUUUGAUCAUAUUUUCCCAAUUAAAAAAAUCAUAUUUUGUUAAAAAUUUUCAAUGAUAUGUAUUUGACUGUUUAUCCAAUGUUUUUAACGCCUGUGUGUACAGUCUGUCUACUGGUUUUAGUGUAGUUUUGCCUGUUUGAGUCCAGCUUAUCAGACAGUAAUUCAUGUGUGAAAAAACCAUUGCACUGAACAUGCAAAAAAUUAAACAAAAGUUAAAAUAUAACGUAUUGAUCAACUAUAACUGUUAAUGAUCAGACUGUGAUACUGACUUACAAGAACAGGGUACAGGAACUUAAAAGUGUAGAAAUGCUGUGCGGACUUGAUGUUCAUGGCAAAAGAGGGCAGGAAGCACAAACUGGGGCCCCUGCACCCGGCCUACAACUUGCUGCAGAUAGUACAGGACUCUCUGCAGAGGAGCCUCCCAGAAGACGCCCAUGUUCGAGCGUCGGGGAAGCUCUGUGUGUCCCUGACCAGAGUGUCUGAUGGGAAGAACGUCCUGGUGUCAGAGUUUGACAGCAGAGAGGAGCUCAUUGAGGCCCUCAUAUGCAGCUGCUUUGUGCCUUUCUACUGUGGUAUUAUUCCACCAACUUACCGCGGAGUGCAUUACGUGGACGGUGCCGUCAGUGACAACCUGCCCCAGUGUCACCUGACAAACACGAUCACGUUCUCCGCGUACGCCGGUGAGAGCGAUCUGUGCCCUCGAGGGGCCGUGCUCAACUUCCACGAGGUGCGCUUCAACAACGUCAGCAUCCAGGUCAACUCGGAGAACAUGUACAGAGUGAAGAGCACCUUCUUCCCCCCGCAGCCUGAGGCAAUGGCUGAAAUCUGCCACAAUGGCUACACAGACGCACUCCGCUUCCUACAAGAGAACAAUCUGAUUAGCACCGAGUGUCCCCUGAGGAGUUUGGAGAUGGACGCACCCAAACUUGCUUGUUGUGAGCUGAAGGUGAAGGAGUCAACUGAAGCUGAGGAGUCCAGUGAGAACACACAACACGAUGGAGUAAAACCACAUCAAGAAGAUCACGGGUGGCUGGAUCCACAGCUCAUAGAAAACCUCCCAGUUAACAUCAAAAAGGCUUUGUGUGAAGCCUGUAAAGAGACGCAUGCAGCUGGUGGACUGUUGUCCCAAGUGACCGAGUACCUGCCAAAGAAAGUGACUUCCCACCUGCAGCUCCCCCGCACUCUGCCCGUGACGUCGGCCUACUCUCUGGCCAAGAGAUUUGUGAACUGGAUCCCAGAUGUACCAAAGGACAUGAGCUGGCUCUACGACAUGGCUGGAGACAUUUACCAACAAGCUUGGAAGGACAAGGAGAAGGACUAUGACUGCGAGUCGUCACUGCGCAGAUCUACCAGUCUGCCAUCAGACCUGAACCUGUUGGAUCUGAGAGAAGAGGACGUGAACACUCUCCCAAUGACCCCGGGAGCUGCUCCCACCUCCAGUCUUACCCUCAAUGAGAACACACUCUGGGACCACAUGCCUCUGACUCCACCCCUCACACCCACUGUCAGCCCCACAUCUGGGUUUGGUGAAGCCACCACAAAGUCACCUAAAGGAGCAGGUGGAGUCGGAGGCUGGGGUUUGGGCAGAGCUGUGGGGUGGAUCCGAAGUAUUGCAUCCGAGCAAACUCCAGACCUCAAGAAAACGGACGAUUAAUACUCCUGCAUUCAAGUACGUUUAUUUAAUGUUGCACCAAAAGAGAAGGAAACAAAAAUAUUAAAUAAAUGAAUGCAAAAAUAUUCUGUGUUUUGCGGUGUCAGUAUCGAAGAAAAUAUCUGUGGGUUCUUAUACAUUUUUAUCAGAUACAGAAAGCAGCUGUCCAGUAGUAGCCCACUGACUGUACUACUGUUAUUGAAGUAACUUCACAUCUAUGUCCUCCCUCUCUUCCAGCUUUGCCUCAUUCAGUUUGUCUUUUGGGAAAGUUAAAAAGUUCCUGGGGUUGUAUGUCUCCAUUAAAAAAAAAAAAAAGUGUGUAAGAUUUAGAGGGAUUUAGUGCCAUCUAGUGGUGAGGAUUGCAGAUUACAACCAGCUGAAACUUGUUGUGGUUCGGAUUCCUUCAGUGUUCACUGUGAAGGAAGUUUUACUGGGAGCUGAAUUAUCCACAGAGGUCUCCUCCUCUCCAAGACAAACAGACCAGGCGAUUAAAACACUAAAAGAAGCAGUUUCAUAUUAGAAAUCAGUGUUUCUCGUGUGCUGUUUGGCACGUCGCAGAUGGCUCGCUAGCCCAACACCUGCUUAUAUGUGCUAAUCAUAUUUCUGAUUCAGACCUUCAGGAGGUUUUUGCCGGGAGCUGAAGUAUCCACAAGGUCUCCUCCUCUCCAAGACAAACAGACCUGGGGUCUCAUUUAUAAAACAAUGCGUAGGAUCCAUACUAAAUCUGUACGUACGAACAAAAGCCAAAAAUGGCAAUAUUAGACAAUAUCUACAAUCAGGCUUCCACCUCACCAUCUCUGUCGCCAAUUUCCUCUCUCCAAAAUGUUCGUAAGCAUGGGUCAAAGCUUCUCCCAUCAAGUCUGUAUUUAGAAAUCACAACUUUUGCGUGGGGAAUGGUGUACACCUCUUUCAAACCUCGUUUUGCAUGUGCGCAAUGUUUAUAAAUGAGACCCUAGGUGAUUUAAACUGGUAAAAACACUGAAUAAAGCAGUUGUUGGAUUUUCAAACGUACGACAGUCCUUUAUUGGGGGUCCUGGAUUAAAACUAUACUACCAGAUAAUAAAUACAAGAAUUCUGUUGGGUAAAAUAAAUAAAUAAAUAAAUAGUAAUAAAUUAAAGCUCAAAGAGUUUUCUGAAAAAUACAAUGAAAUGUCAAUUUCUUAUUGAAAAAAAAAAAAUCAUUGCUAUACAUCAUUGCAAAGUAGCACAACACAAAAUGAAAUGGGAGAAAAUUUGCUGUGGUCAAAAGUGGAAAAAUUAUAAUACUUUUUUUUACUAGUACUGUCAACUUACUUAAUCAUUUCAGUUUCUGAUUUGAUCCUACUAAUAUUUAUAUGUCCUUUCUUUUAUUCAUUUUCAUUUGUAUAAGUCUAACUUUUGGGGUUUUGUUUUGUUUUGUUUUUCUCUGUGAGACCAUAUUUGUCAUGUCAUGUUUUCUUCUGUGCUUUAUGUUUUA